AUGCUUAGUCGCUGUCUCCGGCCGGCGCUUGGUCCGUGGAGGACAUUCGCCCCCAGCGUGGCGCUGCGGAGCCUCAUCACCAUCUCCCAGCUGCUCAACGAAAGCUACACCACCCACAAGAUCGUCCCCGACGUCGUCGACGAGUUCGACACUCAGGGGUUGCUUUCCGUCGACUACGACAACGGCAACCGCGUGACGUUGGGCAACGAGCUUGCCGUCGACGCCACCCAGAACACGCCCCGGGUGCUGUUUACCCUCAACAGUCCCAACCAGGACGGCACGACGGAGCUGUUUGAGCCCGAAGAUAAGUUUAUGGUGGUGCUCACUGACCCCGACGCCCCGUCAAACCACGACCAUAAGUGGCUGGAAUACUGCCACUGGAUAGCCACCGACAUCCCAUUGAGCCCGCCCGCAAAUAAGGAGGACGUCAUCCACACCCUCGACAUCGCCAACGCCACCCAGCUUGUCCCCUACGAGGGCCCGGCGCCCCCGCCCAGCACCGGCAAGCACCGCUACGUGUUCUUACUCUACAAACAAGCGCAAGCCGCCAAGCUCCACCCGCCCAAGGAUAGACCGACGUGGGGCACCGGCGUCGCCGGCCUGGGGGUGCGGGACUGGAUCAAUAAGUACGGGGCGGGCUCCAAGUUGCUUGGCGUCAACUUUUUCUACGCCAAAAACCCCGUCCAGGAGGAAUCAUAG